CAAUCCCUCUUUCAACAAUCCAGAUUCUCUACUCUCUAGUUCUCUGACGCGCGCCUUUUCCACUCAAAAUGGCUUUUAUCUUGUGCUUUGCGCGAUUACUGCCCCACACGAGCUUUAUACGCUCCACUAUUUCGUCUUUCUCCAACAAUGGAAUGGAACCUCUGAUCAAGUACUCAAACGAUUAUUCAUGCGCGCUUACGAUUUUGUAUUAACCCAUUUUUCUUCUAAUGGCCCCAAGGGAAGAUGUGCUCCUCAAGAUCGACAGUUUCGGAAAUGGAGCUGACAAGGAAUCAGAGGAGAAGAAUUUCCAGUGUUUACCAGAGAGAUCCGCACAAACCAUGAGACGAAGAGGUAAAGAGUCUUCCGACUCGGAAAAUCGCCGCCCCUCGUCGGCCUCCGGCGGCGGAGAGGUGCUUCGUUGCAGUUCCAACGCUUCAUUUCGCGGAUGUUCGUGGAGCUCUCCAAUCAGCAAGAAGUCUCGGCUGAUGGACCCGCCUGAGGAGGAUUCUUCUCAAAAAUUGGAAACCGCCGUGAGCGAAGAAGGUAAAAAUCAGGACGAAACCGAGGACAUGCCUGAAGAAUACAAUCAGCUGAAGCUAAGCCCCUUCUCCGUUCUUCAGUGGGUGAUUUUUGUUAUCGUUAUUGUGGGUUUGAUUUGUAAUCGCUGGGUUCCAAUCUUGAAGAGGAAGUCGAUUUGGGAUCUUCCGUUAUGGAAAUGGGAGUUGACUGUUCUAGCCCUCAUAUGCGGACGGUUGAUUUCGACUUGGGCCGUCGGAUUGAUAGUGAAAAUCAUCGAGAGGAAUUUUCUAUUGAGGAAACGGGUUCUGUAUUUCGUUUAUGGGUUAAGGAGGGCUGUACGAAAUUGCCUCUGGCUCUCUCUGCUUUUGCUUGUUUGGCAUUUCAUAUUCAACGAAAAGGUCCAGAGAACGACGCGGAGUAAGAUUUUACCAUAUAUUACCAAGAUUUUGAUCUGUUUUCUCGUGGGUGCUUCGAUUUGGCUUCUGAAAACGCUAGCCGUUAAGAUUCUGGCCUCCUUUUUCCACGUUAAUAACUACUUCGAAAGGCUUAAGGAGGCUUUGUUCAGCCAGUAUGUGAUUGUGACUCUCUCCGGCUCGCCAUUGUUCGAGAGGUCCAACACUGAAGAUAUGGUGAAGGAUAAUCAGAAUGCCGAUGGAAGGGAAGAAAGUCCCAAAAGUGGGAGAAUUAUAUGCAGUGGGAGACUUGUAAAUUGCGAUGGCUCGAGACAAUUGAAGCCGGAAUCAAGCAGACAAGAUGAGGAAAUCCCAGUUGAUCAGUUGAACAAACUGAACCAGCAUAACAUAUCAGCUUGGAAUAUGAGGAGAAUGAUGAAUAUUGUAAGAAAUGGAGCUUUGUUAACUCUUGAUGAGAAGAUACUAUCAGAAACGAAAGAAGAGUAUUUGUUGCAGAUUAGGAGUGAGCGGCAGGCGAAAGAGGCAGCUGGGAAUAUUUUCCGGCGAGUAUCCAGACGUGGGUCAGAAUUUAUUAAUCUGGAUGAUGUGAUGCGGUUUAUGAAUAAAGAGGAAGCUCUAAUGACCAUGAGUUUAUUUGGACCAGAUGCUGAAACUCAGUGCAUUGACGAAUUCUCUUUUAGAGAGUGGAUGGUAAAUGCAUUUAACCAGAGAAAAGUUCUUGUACUAUCUCUCAAUGAUGCAAAUACGGCCGUUGAUGGUCUUCACAACUUGCUAAACAUCUUUGUAGCUGUAACAAUUUUGGUAAUCUGGCUUAUCAUAUUAGGAACUCCCAUCCUGCACUUCCUCAUCUUCAUAAGCUCACAGCUUCUUCUGCUGGUUUUUAUUUUUGGCAACACAUGUAAGACGGUCUUUGAAGCUAUCAUUUUCUUGUUUGUGAUGCACCCAUUCGAUGUCGGCGACCGCUGCGAAGUGGACGGUGUCCAGAUGGUUGUUGAAGAGAUGAGGAUAUUAACUACAGUUUUCCUGAGAUAUGAUAACCAGAAGAUUACUUACCCCAACAGUGUGCUGGCUACCAAGGCCAUUGGCAAUUACUACCGCAGUCCAGACAUGGGAGAGGGAGUUGAUUUCUAUGUCCAUAUUUCAACUCCAUCGAAGAAAGUCUCCCUUAUUAAAGAACAGAUUACAAGGUACAUAGAGAGCAAGAGCGAGGAAUGGCACCCAGCUCCGGUGGUUACGAUGAAAGAUGUUGAAGAUCUGGAGAAGGUGAAGAUGUCGGUUUGUGUUACACACAAAAUGAACCACCAAGACAUGGGAGAGAGAUGGAACAGAAGAGCUGCGUUGGUCGAAGAGAUUGUCAAAAUUUUCAGACAACUCGACGAUGAACAUCAGGAGAAUGUUCAAAACUUGGCUUCUGGAGCCACCUGAGGGCCCAUCAGCUCUGGAUGUGUAAAUUGUGUUUAUAUGCGUCAUUUUAGUUGUUUUGUACAUAACUUAGAACCUAUAACUGUGGUGUUGUUUUGUUUUCUUAGACUAGAAUGAAAAAAUGUAUUAUAAUAGAAUAUUUGAGUCAUGAAUAGAACUCCUAAAUUUACUAGAUUUGUGAACAAGUUGAAGUUUUGAUUGAGCCUUUAUGCAGCAUCCAA